AAAGCACAUAUGUACAUUUGGUAGGCUUCGCAACUUUAUGACAAUGGUGUUGACGGCCGGCUGAAAACGGAGCUUUUCCAUUUGUGGGUGACUCAUUCUCCUCCGAGUCCCUUUCACUGUUCAAGAUCUUUGACACAACAUUCUACUUUUUGUUAGAGGCCAUUUCCCAGUGAGAGCGUACACAGAGAGAAAGAGUAAAGAAGGCUGCUGCGCAAGCUUGUUUCCAAUGUUUUCUCUUCUCCUGUGUAGUGUGAACUAUCAGUGUCCUUGAGGGAUCCAUAUUUCCCUUCCGUGAGAUUCCUUCACGAGCCAAGAUGUGCAAGUGUGGCUCUUGGUGAUUAGACUUUGAUGCUACCUUGACUGAUAGUUGAGGGAGGAGGUGGAGAGCGAAAAGGCAAGCACACGCUGGUACCGCUGCUGACACAGUACUUUACUCUGAUAACUUUCUUAGACUUUUAAAAGUCUUUCCUGCUCGUCUGCCACCAAAACAAGGUCUUCGCUUAGGGAGCAGCAGCGUUUCAAUCAAGGAAGGUUGAAUUGAUGAGCUGCAUCAAUGUCGUGUGAAGAAGCUGGACCGAAAGCACAGGACUCUUGUUUAAAUCCCACCUUCCGGCAUGUUUUGACUCAAGGUCGACCUCAGCGUGCGCCUGUGCUUAUUGGCGCCGUCUUACUCCAAGUGCGGUGGACUGGCUUGUAAUUCCUCCUCAGGCGGAAGACUCAAAUGUUCUUACCUGGCAAUUUCUGAUCCUUUGUUAGAGAUAACAAUAGUAAUUCAUCUACAGUUGUCGGAUUUAUUUUACAUGGGCGUUUGUAUCGCGACGGCAAUCUUCUGCCUUCAAAGGACGUUAUUACCUGAAAUCACAGGGAUGUGAUCAUUCCAAAAUUACACGUCUGCCAUUUUAAUUAAAAAAUAGGCUAACACUACUAAGAAAUCAUGACUGCUUUAAUACUGCUGUUUAAAAAAAAACUGGCUAAUUAAUGAAUUCUGACAUCCUAAUUUUCUCCAAGAUACCAAACAUAACCUUGCAUUAAUGAAAGUAUUUAGCAAAAGGUGAAAGGUGCUGCUCUCGUUGCCCUUCGAUUACUGUGCCACUUGGAAAAAAAUAAUAACUCUAUCUUCAUUACCUCUUGACAUGCACUCUGUGUGUUUAAUAAACCAGGGUAGCCAACCCUGAUGUUUGUUCCAUCAGUGCAAAUGAAACCAGGGACUUCAAUCACCUUUUCAGUUUCAGUGCAGGCAGUUGAGAUUAACAUAGCUGAUUUAAGGCCCAAUCCAAUUUAGAGAAUUAUGAAAUAUCUCCUAGACAACAUUGCAGUAAGUUUGAUCAAACGUGUCACAUAAAGCCUAAGGUGGAGGCUUACUUGAUGACCCUUUCAAACUGCACUCUUGAUGCAAUCUGUAGUCGUGCUGGCUUGCAGCAGAUACAGACUGGAUCAAGAAAUGUCAUUGUAUUUCAUUAGCAUUCAUACAUAAGUGAACUGCGAGGCCUAUCUUUGGCCACUUGGAGGAGAUUUUAUUAAAAGGGGCAACAGUGCCCCCAAACGUCUAUGGAGUCGAUUCGCUGCUUUGCUGCUGAUGUGAUUCUUUACUCAAUCUACUGCCAUAGUCUAAUCAAAAGGUAUUUGGAAAUGAACCGUAGAAUAUUGUUGUGAUAAAUUGUUUUCCCUCUGGGAAUUAUUAUGACAUUUAUUUUUAAUUGCAUGGUGUGUCCAUGUGCCGUAUGAAUCUAAUAUUACUCAACUCUUAAUUUAUCAGUUCAAAUAAAAAGCGAAAGACAUACUAUACAUAUAUAUUCACUGCACAAAAAUGGAUAUAGUUCCUAAGAUUAUUUUAUUGCGACCGAUGCACUUACUACUUUUGAGCAGUAGAGGGAGGUGUUGUCACUAUAGACACUAGACCAGUUACAUUUUCAGAAAGAAGAAGAAGCGCAUUCCGGUAGAAAAUGGCUCGUUAGGAGAAUCGUUGUUGUUAACUCAGCCGUGGUCGAUCAUCGCACUAAACUCUAAGCAUGGUUUGAUCGCCGCUGACAGGCAAAAUGUUUAAAAGGAUCAAACGCGCAAAUUUCCGGCGAAGAAACGAGUCCGACGAGGACGAGCGGGAGGAGAAUGCGCAGCCGAUGCUGGCGCCGACGUUGUUCGGGCCUGUUUUGGAGGAGGUCCCGUUCCUGGAGACGUCCAGCGGCAACAACGACGUUAGCUUAAGCCCAAGGAGCAAUGGCUUCGGGGCCACUUUUAAAAGCACCAGAAGGGACAAGAAGGUGAAAGACAGCGUCCCGACUGUCGUACCUACAAAAGCCAGUUUGCUGAGUUUCGACGAUGAAGAAGAAGAAGAAGGACCAGAGGUCUUCCGAGUCAAGAAGUCCAAUCAUAGCAAGAAAAUAGUCAAGCAGCUGAAGAAAGAAUACAAGGAGGACUUGGAGAAAGGUGGUGCCGUCAAAACAGAAGCAGUGCCCCAACCUGUCGUUCCUGUCAAAGAAGAACCAGUCAGCAAAGUGAGCAGUGAGCAUGGCGAGGUCGAAAUGGAGGUUGAUAGUGCCGAUGAGCAGAAGGCCGACGUGAGAGGCUGUCAAGUGCAGAAGAGCAGCCACACUGCCACGACGUUCAACACGCUCUCCUCCCUCAGCACUUUGAGACCUGGAGAGAUCCCUGAUGCAGCCUUCAUUCACGCCGCCAGAAAGCGACGACAGCUCGCGAGAGAGCUCGGGGGAGACGCCCCGCUUGUCGAGACGGAAGCCCCUAAGAAACGUAUGGCGCAAGAAGACCAAGACUGCAGCGACGACGACGAGGAAGAGAAGCGGAUCCGCUUCAGCGGCGUGCGGAGCAAAACCCAGAGGCAAAAGAUCGCAGAGGAGAUAGGUAUCGAAGGCAGCGACGACGAGACGUUAGAUACGGGUCAGGAUGAAGAGGUGAGCCGGUGGGAGCAGGAGCAGAUCAGGAAAGGGAUCAGCAUACCACAGGUCCAAAGCAGCCAACCAGAGGACCCCACGGCCUACUACCACAACAGCUACGAUAGUCAACCUUACGGCGCUGGUUACAGCAUGCCCUUCACGUACAGCACGGCGCCUCCGCAGGCCGGCAAGCCCCCGGGCUCGGCAGACGGCGCUUUAGCUCACUUUGGGCUGUCUGUUAGUGACUUAGCCCCAGUGCCCAUUGAUCUGGUAAAGAAACGUCUGCAGGAUAGGCUCGGUCAUAUGCGCACAGGCCACAACGCCAACGCCAAUCGCUACAUGCAGAUCCAAGAAGACCUCAGUGCCUCAGAGAGCGCCAUAGUGCAGCUGGACGGCUCGUCCAAUGACAAUGCAGAUCAAUAUCAAUUCUUGCAAGAGAUGCGAGGGUAUGUUGGAGACUUGCUUGAGUGUUUCGGUGAAAAGGUGCCUGCCAUCGAGGAGCUGGAGGCUGCCAUGCACCAGUUACUAAGGCAACGGGCCUCACGACUCGUCCAGAGAAGACAGGAUGAUAUAAAAGAUGAAUCGGCGGAGUUUGCAAGCCUUUCAAAUAAAGCAGUCAUGGCUCCCAGUCUGGACUCGUUCGGUCGCGAUCGCGCAUUGCAUCAAGAGAGCAACCGCCAGAGGAGGAUAGCGGAAAGAGAGGCCCGGCGAGCCCGGCGGCGUCAAGCACGAGAGCAGAACGGAAAGUGGGCAGAGCAUAAAGAAGGCUUGUCGUCCGAUGACGAGGAGACCUCGACUGACAUCACCGCCUUCGGCAUGGAGCACGAGCGCAUCAUCAGAGAAUGCAAGAAGGUUUUUGAGGAUGCGGUGGAGGACUUUCAUUCCCUGGACUACAUCAAGUCCCAAUUUGAAAUGUGGAGGAAGGACUACGCCGACAGCUACAGAGACGCUUACAUUGGCCUCUGCCUGCCCAAACUCUUCAGCCCUCUAGUUCGACUGCAGCUCAUCACAUGGAACCCUCUUGAGGCGCCGUGCGCAAACUUUGAGUACAUGGUCUGGUUCGAGACGCUGUUGUUUUACGGCUUUGAGGAGAACAGCGCGUUGGAGAAAGGAGACAGCGACAUCGGCCUGCUCCCGGCUAUCGUCGAGAAAGUCAUCCUCACCAAACUGACAGUGUUGUCAGAACAAGUGUGGGAUCCGCUGUCAAACAGUCAGACGGCGCGGCUGGUGGCUUUCAUUCGCAGGCUGAUGAAAGGUUACCCGACCGUGCUGCACGGGGACAACCAAUACACGCGGGAGUUGUUGAAAACAGUGGUCCUGCGGGUCAGGCAGACAUUGGAUGAAGACGUCUUCCAACCUCUCUACCCCAAAAAUUUGCUGGAAAACAAAAAUGGCGGUCCCUACUUAUUCUACCAGAGACAGUUCUGGAGUUGUUUGAAGCUUUUGAGGAACAUCUUGCAAUGGGAGGGGAUCAUCUCUACUUCUUGUCUGAAGGACCUGGCUUUAGACAGCACUCUGAAUAGGUACAUCCUCUCCGCGUUGCAGACUGCAGACGUCAGCGAGGACAAUGUUCACAAGGCCCAGAAGGUGGUGGACUGUUUGCCAAUUCAGUGGUUCAACGGACUGAAGGGCCAGCAGACUUUGCCUCAGUUGGAGCCGCUGUGUCGCUACCUCGUCCAUUUGGCCAACUCGCUGCAGCGCAGCAGCGCGGGCGCUUCUGACGUCGAACGACGUGUCACAAAGGAUCAAGUGAAGGACAUUUUGAAGAUGCUGAUGUAUAUGAAGGCCGUGAACCACAUCGUUGCCGUGGCAGCUGAUCAAGGAAUUAAAGACAUCAAGUCUCUGUUGGACACCAAGUCAUAGACGGAGACACAGCAGCACCGAAAAGUUCUGUGCAUACGGAAUAAAACGCCCGUGUAAAUAUUGUGAAUAAUGUAUAGGAAGGUUCUUCAUGCAUUUGUCAAGUCCUCUUGUAUGAUCCAAUCUAAAAACACUGGCUACACACCAACAGCGCACAUAAAUACAUUUGGAUAAAACCAUCUCCAAAUAUUACAGUGCAUAAUGAGCUAUGUAAAAACUCCUCUCACAUUCAUUUCUAGAGAUGUUAAUAGUGACACACACAAAAUAAUCCCACCAGCACCAACCAUACACACCACAUGGAAAAGUUGUACUGUACUCUGCUUUUAUCAUUUGAUUGUUUGUGAAUAAAGUGUACAUUUGGAAAUA